AUGUAUCGGAUGCAGAACGAGAACGAAGCUCCCUGGAAGCUCCAUCACACGGAGAAGGACAGUACUUGCAGGCGCAGGCUGGAGAACUCCUUCACCACAGACGAACUCAGGGCCGGGACGAUUUGUGGCUGUCAGGAAGCGGCGCGACUGAGUCGAAGGGCUCAGAGGCUUCCUUCGGAAAAAAGUGAAAUUGAAACCGUUGCCGCCGGAGAAGAAAAGACCACCAAGGAAACCAAGGAAGCGACGAAAGGCGUCAAGCGGCCGGUCGAGGAGAAAGCCACAAAAUCGAAAAAGGUGAAAAAAGACGAAGGCGAAGACGAUGAGGGCGAGUUUGACUUCAACGAGGAGGAAGACCUCGAUGGCGAAGACGAAGAAGACGGUGAGGGUGAAGACGAGGAGGAUGGCGAGGAGGAGAAUGAGGAUGCGUAA